UUUUGAGGACACUCUUUUUUUUCUAUACAUUUCCUCUUUCCAGAUCAAUUGUUUUGGCAACUAUCUUUUAAUAAGAUUUAAAGCAUGACUCAUAGGGUUAAUUCAUAUUUAAAAGUUGAGAUAUUUUCACUAGACGUGGGACUGGUUUAUGUUCAAUAUAUGCUGUUGCGUUGACCCACCAAUCAAUCAACGACUUUUUGAAUAUUCAUAUACAAAAUCAAAGCCAGUUUCAUCAUAUUGGAUUUUGUUUAUAAGCAAGAGCCACCAAACACUUGUGCAAUAAAAACUAUUAUUUCUCCACCGUUUUUAAAAACUUCAUGGGACUCCACCAUCAUGAUUUUCACACCCAAAGAUGUGAACUCCACGCAACACAAGCCAAUCCUCUAACCUUAUACACACCAAAACAAAGCAAAAAAAAGCCAAAGAGGAUCAUCAAAAAAGCUUCCAAGACAAUGAGAGUGAAAGCAACUUUGAUUAACUUCAAAUCAAAGCUUUCCAAAUCAUGCAACAGAUUUGUCUCUCUCUUCCGCUUCCGAGUUAAAAGACCUGUCUUUAUUAGACCUCUUCGUGCCCGUCAUGGCAAUGUCAAACCUAGACAUCAACAUCAUCAUCCCAAGAAGCCAAUCUGUUCCUGUCUUUGUUUUCUCAGCACAAGCAAGAACCACAAGAUGAGCAAAACCAAACCAAGAUCUUCCUCUUUUAGUGUGAACGAUGAUGAUUAUUCCAAGUUUAUGCACUCACCUCUCACGCCAGCAACAGCCAAGAAGCUAUUCACUUCACCCAUCACGACACCUUACUCUAUACGGACCAGAAAAUCGCUGAACUCAAGAGAAGCAUUCGAAGACAAUGCGGUGGAAGAUGCUUGUAGAAGCUUUGAAAACUAUCUUAUUCAUCUCAUUGUUGAAGAAGGGAAAAUAGAUGACUUAAUGGACAUAGAGGAGCUUCUCUUCUGUUGGAAGAAUCUAAAGAGUCCUGUCUUCAUUGAACUUGUCUCCAGAUUCUAUGGAGAACUCUGCAGAGACCUGUUUUCAGGUGAAUGAACAGAUCGAUAAAUGAUCAGAACAAUAAAAGGUUUAUCUUUAUUUGUCAACCAAAACAAAAACUAUUUGUGGUUUGGCAAUUAUUGAAUACACCAUCUUAAGGUUUCUAAGUUUAAAGUUGGAAA